GGGCGGGGGGUGAGCUGUCCCCCCUGUGCUGAUGGGGUGUCCCCCAUCCCAGGCCAGCUCCCCGGCUUUCCGGGAGUACUGCCAGCAGGUGCUGAGGAACGCCAAGGCCAUGGCACAGGCGCUGCUGCAGCGUGGGUACACCCUGGUGUCAGGUGGCACUGACAACCACCUGGUGCUGGUGGACCUGCGGCCCAAGGGCAUCGACGGGGCGAGGGCAGAGCGGGUGCUGGAGCUCGUGUCCAUCACCGCCAACAAGAACACAUGCCCGGGGGACAGGAGCGCGCUGACACCCGGGGGGCUGCGCCUCGGUGCCCCUGCUCUGACCUCCCGCCACUUCCGCGAGGAGGAUUUCCAGAAGGUCGUGGAGUUCAUUGACGAGGGCAUCGCCCUGGCCCUGGACGUCAAGAGCAAAACCAGUAAGCUCCAGGACUUCAAGACCUUCCUGCUGCAGGACCCGGAGACGCAGCGGCGCCUGAGCGACCUUCGCCAGCGCGUCGAGACCUUCGCUCGUGCCUUCCCCAUGCCCGGCUUCAGCGACCACUGAGGGGGGGACGCCCCUCCUGCCAGGCUGGGGUCACUGGGGGGACAAGGAGAGGCUGGGGCCCACCCUCUUCUGCCUUUCCCCCCUCCCCUUCUUCCUCGAUAUCACCUUUGGGGGCUGCGUCCCCAGGGUGGGGGCGGCGCGCGCCCGCCCUGCUCUCAGUGUUAGGGUACAGAGAACCCCCAGACCCUGCUUGGGGUGGGGGGCACCGCUUGUUCCAGCCUCAUCUUGCACUUUUCUAUGGGGAGGGGUUGCUAAUAAAAGCAGGGGCAGAGCCUGGA